CUGACGCGCUGUCAAAUCGCCCGGGAGUGUUGUUUUCAAUUGGCUCACAUCGCGUUCUCUCGCGCUUUUUACAGUUUUUGACCAGGAAUUCGCUGAAUAAUUGACUUAGAAAAUGUCAUCUGACGAGGAGGAUUAUAUGUCGGACAAGUUUCUAGCACAGAACGUGCCAAACAUCCGUCCGGGACUGAUUAAGAACCGGGAGCGUCAGAGGGAAGUGGAAGUUCAGGCCAAGAAGAUGAAGUUCGACGAGGAGGAGAGAAAUAAGUACAAGCCCAGCCAUGUGAAGGAGAGGGAGCGUCUGGAGGAAGGCCUCAGCAGUGCCUUGACGACUGAGAACAAAGGCUUCGCCCUCCUGGCAAAGAUGGGCUACAAACAAGGCGAUUCCAUUGGCAAAUCCGGAAGUCAGGGCAUUGUAGAACCCAUUGGCAUCACACUGAAGACUGGCCGUGGCGGUCUAGGACGAGAUGCAGCACUGAAGCAGCUUGAGGAGAAGAAGCAGGCGAUCCUAAAGCAGAGAUUACUGGAGAGAGCAGGAACUGGAACGGUGUCUGCUGAGGAGUUCCGCAAUAGGAUGUUCCGGAAGGCGGAAAAUCAACAAAUUGAGAGUGAUUUGGGAAAAUGCCAGCGAACGUGUGAAAGGCUUGAUGCUUCUUUGGGAACAGAAGAACCGGAAAUGGAGUGGUUCUGGCCACCGAAGCCCAAGGAGAGCAAGGAAGACACAGAAGAGACGGAAGAGGAGGACGAUGAGGAGGAAGAGGAGGACUUUGAGCCGGCUGAAAAACUGGACAUGUUGUCCAAUUACCUGCGUUCAAUGCAUCUCUUUUGCCACUGGUGUGGCGUGAAGUACAAUGAUAUGGAUGAUUUGCUUGCCAACUGUCCAGGAGCGACGAAAGAUGACCACUAAACUGGAAAAUGGCAAUGCGGUGGUUAAGCUGUUGGCUAAUGCAACAUGAAAGACAUCGAGGUCGCGCUCAUCAACAUAAUUUUUGCCCAUGCCGAAUAUUCCAAAUGUGGACGCUGUUCCUCAGGAAGCACUGUAUGAUGGGAUUAUGCUGAAGCCUCAAAGUCAGCAAUCACCAUUGAGAUGCGAGGCGAUGAGGCAUCCGGAGACCAUCAAUUAAUGGGCUCUCGAGAUGAGCAGCAGCGUGACCUCUCUCGAUCUAAAUAAAUCAAACUCAACGCACCAUCUUAUUACCAAACGAUAAAUCAUUCCGGUAUGCCUAUAAAUGCGACAAAACAUUCCUCGGUAGAGUAAUCAAUUCAUCAAAUCAACAAUCGUAAGCGUGCGAGAUUGCAGCGGGUGGCUAAUGCUUGUGGGAAAAGGUUGAUUGAAUGGAAUAUAUGGGCAAGGUGAGAUGCUGAAGUAAGAAGUGCAAAUCGUCAAAUAUUUGCUCAAAUUAACAUCUCGUGCGCUUUAUAUUCCAAUGCAAUGUC